AACGUUGAACGUUGAACUUCGGUCCUGGUAUUCAGUGUUCACGGCAGCCGGCCUACAACAAAUCGCCCUCAUUGCUACUUAGACUGUUCUAUACGGUCCCACAACCUGUCGCGGACGUCAGUAAUAACUGCUAGGGCAUCGGGGUAUCGGCAGCACACGAAUGUAAUACGGAAUCUGCACACAAUAGCACCCCCCGAGCAGUGUAGCAGCAAUAGUUAUCAAGGACACCAAACGAUACCCCCCUACUCGGAGCAUGACUCAAUCGAUGCACCUGAAUUUGCCGCCUGGCACGACUACGGACGCCCAUGCUCCGCGGCCCCCGGAGGAGCUUUGGGACCAUGUCAUCGACCACUUGUGGGAUGAUUCCCCAGCUCUCUGGGCGUGUAGCCUGACCUGUCGGGAGUGGGUCCCAGAGACGCGCCAUCAUCUCUUUACGAAGGUUCACUUGUACACCAAACGCGACUGUCUGCGCCUCCAGGAUGUGCUCCAGAAUUCCGAACUUGUGGGGACGAACGUUCAUGAGUACGUGACAAGUGUCGUGAUCAGCGGCAUCCGUCUGCCACUAUGCAGAAAGUGUGUGGAAUCCGACAACUGUAACACGAUGCUGUUGCACGCUAUCUUCACGCGGCUGCCUCGCGUCCUAUCUUUGGACCUGAGCACAGUUGAUUUCAAGGACUGCCCUCGGUCGGGAAACACAGAACAGGAUGCGGAACUUCGUCCCUUCUCUCACCUCUUCCCAUUUCCUCAGCUCAGGGAAUUACGUCUCUCAGCGGUGUUCGACUCUCGGGAUGAUUUCAUACGGCUUCUGGCGGCGUUUCCUCAAUUAUCCUAUCUCACUACAGGUGAGGUGCUUUGGAUGUGUCGGGAAACCAAUGGCGCCCCGCUGGGCUUGGCCGAGCGCGAGAGUGCGCGCCGUGUGUUUAACAGUCUCAAGACCCUAUCGAUUUCCAACCCUUUGUCUCUAAGAUGGGGCCAAAUGCGUGUGGACAUAUACUCAGAUGCGCGGCGAUCUCGGGAGAUACGAUUCGACUGGACCACAUAUCUUGCAGACCACAGGCACCUCGUUCUACAGUUGCUGCAUGACUCUGCACCCAAUGUCGAGCAAUUGUGUAUCACCACCGCCGCAUCCUUGGCAGAAUUUGACAGCCAUUUGUGCACAAAUGUGCGGGAUGUGAAGCUGGUCUUUCGAGACCUAGAAAUGCGAAAGCAUUUACCUUUCUCCGCCGCGUUCCCUACCUUCCUCUCCCGACUCGCAAGUCGUGAUUUGACCGUUCUCACACUAUGCUUCCGGGUCUCCUCCAUCAGCUGGACGGCAAUAAACUGGUCGCUGGUAGACUGGCCAGCGGUCGAUGACGUUCUCGUGCACCUCCACCGGAGAAACGCGGACUUCAAAGUCAUAUUCCGGAUCGCUUGCGUACCGAGAAACACGCCAAUGUUGUUGGGGCACUGCGCGUCAAGCGCAGACAUCGCAAAGGGCCUGACCGACUUCUUAUCAGGUGCUACGGGCGCACAAGCGCGUGUGGGUGUUUCUGCCUACUGUGCGACGGGCCCUGUGUUCUAUAUCUCGCCCAGUCAAGAGGAACUCUUAGUUGAGUACAAUAGUGCUUGAUCGGUGAAGGGUAAAUAAACAAGAGAAGUGUUCGAUGUCUCUGUACUAAUAAUCGAGUUCACCAUCUCCGAAUUCAUCAUGUCAAUG